GAUGGGUAUUAUAAACGGUCUGACUUACGCUCCGGCUCUGGUAUCAUGUUUCGGAUUGUCCGGUUUUUUCAUGUGGCGGUUAGUGAGGCGGUUUAAGAGUGCCUGCAUAAAACCGGUUACAAAGAAUGUUAGUCCUUCGGAGAACGACGACGAAUUGAAAGUUACUCACUACCAAGAGCGCGUUAAACACCUGUUAAUUCCAGCGGACACAUGGAAAAGAAAUACGGAACCUACCGGCAAAUUUAAAAAGUUGCUUCGACACAUAUAUCCUGCCUUUCCUGGAUUUCGGUAUUCAACGCGAAUCAUAUGUACAGUUGGACUAUCACUCAUUGUGCUCUAUCAGACGAGCAUAGUGUACAUCGCAAAUAUCUUAACGUUUGUCCAGCAGCUAGUAGGCGGGUUCAUUGAUCCGGAAUCAUCAUUGCUUCUUGAUAUCAUUGAGCUCUCCUUUAAUCUGUCAAGUUAUCCUGCUAUGUGCAUAUCGUUCUUCAAUUGUCUUCUCUUCUUGCGGAAUUACAGAGAGAACACAAGAGAUUUAUGGAAAGGUGACAGAAUCAGCCAUAAGCCCAUUCAACCACAUUCUAUUGUUAUUUCAUGUUUAAGUUUCUCCAGUCUCAGCGUCGCCUAUACAUUCUGGGGUUUUCUGGUGCUUCAGAUAAUCUUGUGGAUAAUCAUGUCCGGUAUCGUCGUUAUCAUCCGAUUUAAUCUCCUGCUUGCAUUACUACAAAGCUAUUGGACGUACCUGUUUGGCAUUGUAUUGUUUGUGGUGAUGCAACAAAUUUUGGCAAGAUUUGUUCUCCUUCAACGAAACACCAACGGUGCACUGGUUAUAAAUAACAGACAUCUGUUCCACAUCAUCGUCCACUUCUUCUUCUUUCUCAACAUCAUUGUCGGUCUCGUAGGAAGUCUUCUUCGAAUAAUUAAAGUCGCUGUCGUCGGUAUCUUGCUCAUUGGCCGAGUCGACUUGUGUCUGGCGCCGCGCGGCUUUGAAUGGGCCGAUAAGUUAAAAAGUUUCGGGGCCUACCGCUCCUUUCUCGAGUUGGAAGUCAGUCUCACUCACCCGGUGGUCGUCACAUUCUGUAAUCUACUUAACCAAUCACGGAUGAAAAGUGUAGGUGGUGGGGACGACGAUGUCGAGAUGCAAAAUAGAGAAGGUCCUGUCGACGGAGACAUCGCUAUCAAAGAUGUUGCAGCUUCUUGGGGCACAAAAGACAAAACAUCCAAGAGCAGAAGAGUGCGAAAUCGUUGGUUCAAAGCAUUGACGAUGAUUCGAAACAAACGACUGGUGUACGAGAGACUACACAAGCUCGAAGAAAUCCGAGAUGAAACGUGGAAUAUGGAUCCAACAAAACCUCAACAGAUAUAAAUGGCAUAAAAGCUGUUUGUUGUAGAUUAAAGCGGAAUUCCACCCUGAAUUUCAAAUAGGCUCACUUCCAUUUUCUUAAUAUUGUUGAACUAUUGAUGAAGGGAUAGAAUUGUUUCAAACAGAGGUUGUGAAAAACAUAUUGUAUAUAAUCAUACAAAGGGGCACUGUUUUAUUGAUUUUUUAAAAAAAAAAGAGAGAAUUGAAUUGUAAUGAUUUUUUUAUAGUAAGGAUCAAACAGCACAGGUUCUCGAAAGAUACGAUACAGAGUUGCCAAUUCAUUUAAGUUUUCUGCCCCUAUAAACUUCAUGUAAGGUAUUUCCCUAAAAGCCCAUCUACUGCGUUUAGUUGAAUGGCAAUUACCUUUUUAUUCGAACUCCAUUUGUAAUUCCAAUCAUAAUGAUAUAUCUUUACAAAAUAUUGUAAAAUUGAAUGUAUAGAGGGGGCACAUUUCCCUCGGAUGGAUAUAUGCCUUUGGACAGAAGCGUA